AUGCAAGGACUCAAGGACCGAAUUGAGGAUAUUUUAACUGAAAAAACAGAAAUUGAAGAGCAGUUCUCACAGAUCCAAAGUGAAAAGAGACAACUCAUCAGUGAAAAAGAUGAAUUAGAAAAAGCCAAUGAAGCUUUAAUGGAGGAGCAUGAGAUAUUGAGAGGGGAAAAGCAGCUAAAGGCUGACGAAGUAAAACAACUCACAGAUGAUAUUAAGCAGCUGGCUGCAAUUAUUCAGUCAAUGUCUGAAUUAAAUAAGGACUUGACAGGAAAAGUUGACAAACUGAAUGCUGAUUUGGAGCAGAGCGUCAUUGCUUCAUAUGAAGCCAAAGCAAAGGCGUCUAAUAUGGAAGAGCUGGAAAAGCAUUUGAAUGAGGCCAUUGAAACUAGCAAAAAGAUUGAAGAGAAGAACAAAGAUCUAAGAGCCAAGAACAAGCAGUUAGUUAAGUCCAAUAAGGAAUAUACUGCUAUUUGUGAAAAUAUUCAAGGGAAAAUAGCAUCAUUUCUAACUGAAAACACCCCAGAAGAAGUCAGAAUAUUUCUUGUCAAGUUUUCACAAGAUCUGGGGAAAAUUCCUCAAGUGAUUCAAGAAGAGAGCAGCACACCUACUGAAAACGCUGGAAAUUUUGGUGAAGUUGUUGAGAAUGAAAAUAAGGAGCUAAGCAAAAGAGUAAAAGAAACGCAAAAUAGAGAAGCAUCUCUGUAUGAAGAAAUCGAUGGCCUAAAAAAACUGCUGGAAAAGAGAGAAAAAGAAUAUGAAGAAAUGGCAAAUAAAUUAAGCACACUCUUCAAUGCUAGUGCAACGAAUUCUGAUCAGGUUAAAGAGCAGCUAACUAACUAUUUAAUUAAUAAAACUGUUUUAUUUUAAUUUUUAAAUUGAUUAUUUUAAUUUUAAAUAAACUAUAAUAAUUAAAUAUUUUCUAUUAAAUGGAGAGUAAGACAAGUUCAAUUAAAGCUCGGCAAAAAGAAGAACAAGUGCAAGCUGCUUCAAACCAAACUGCUAGAUAUUGAGCCAAAAUACAAUAGAAAGCUGAGUACUCUAACUGCACAAAAAGAAAAAGCUGAGAAAAAUAACGAAGAACUAAAAGAAAAAAUAGCAAAGCUUAAACCACAAAUAAGCGGGUUGCAAAGCGAAAGCCGAGAGCAAAAAAGACUUGCUAGACAAUACGCAAAUACAAUACAAGUGCUCCACGAUGAGUUUUGGAAAAGAGACACGGCGUUGAUCAAGGUCAAAAGGUCCUUGAUUCGUGCUCAGAAAGAAAUAAAAUCAUUAAAAGCACUCGUAGAAAAAGCAGAAACUCAUGCUAAAAGCUUAGUCGAGCACCAAACUAACAAAACACUGAUUGAGCUCCAGUCUAAAGAUCAACAAAUUGCCCUACUUAAAGGCAUGCUAAAAGGCAACCCAAUAGAGCGAAGGAUUCAGAAUGAUUCGCUCUCAAAGCGAGGUCACAGCUACCGAACAAGCUACGACGAAAGCUCAAUCAAUACUCUCAAUACCUCAGCAACUUCAGAAACAAGGUCUUUUUCCAGCUUAACGCCCAGCAUGCUCAUUAAUAAAUUUCUUAGAAUCUCAUCAUUAUACAAAGGUAAAGAAGAAACUCCGACUGGGACUAAGCCAAACCUUAACAAACUCGUCACAAAUCUGAGAACUAAACUUAAAAUAUUUCCCAGCUUUAGCUCUAGCGAGCUUAAUGAGAAUGUGCCAGAACUCAAGGGCUCUAUUGAUACGUCAAAAAGCCAGCUAACACUUGAUGAAGUUAUCAAUGCUAUAGUAUCAACAAUUUAA